GCUCGGCGGGCGGAAGCGGCGGCGGCGGCGGCGGCAGGAGCGGCGGGAGCCGAGGAGGAGGCUCCGGACGCUGCCCCAGGAACCGGGACGCCGGAGAGCCGCACCCUGAGCGCUCAGCCCGAGGAGUCAUGGCCGAGUACGGGACCCUCCUCCAGGACCUGACCAACAACAUCACCCUUGAAGAUCUGGAGCAGCUCAAGUCGGCCUGCAAGGAGGACAUCCCCAGUGAGAAGAGCGAGGAGAUCACUACUGGCAGUGCCUGGUUCAGCUUCCUGGAGAGCCACAACAAGCUGGACAAAGACAACCUCUCCUACAUUGAGCACAUCUUUGAGAUCUCCCGCCGCCCUGACCUACUCACCAUGGUGGUGGACUACAGAACCCGUGUUCUGAAGAUCUCGGAGGAGGAUGAGCUGGACACCAAGCUAACCCGUAUCCCCAGUGCCAAGAAGUACAAAGACAUUAUCCGGCAGCCCUCUGAGGAAGAGAUCAUCAAAUUGGCUCCGCCACCGAAGAAAGCCUGAGCGAGGGGGAGGAGAGGAGGAAGGUUGGACCUUCAGUGGACCACUCCCUUCCCCCAGCCUCCAGGGGAGGGGCAAGGGCAACCCCCCCAGUCUACCCACUUACUAACCUGGUCCUAACCCCCUUACUGUGCGCGUGUGUGUGCGUGUGCGCACGCUCUGGCUGUCUGUCUAUAUGUCUAGCUCAUCUAGUUCCUCCUCCUUGUGAGGGGAUGGGGGUCAGGCUGGGGGGGGGGGGCUUCGUUUCCCCACUUUAGGGGGAGGUGGGGGCUAUUUCUAUGCAAAUAGAAAUGGGCACAUUCCUCCUACUGCCCUUUCCUCUAUGGCUAAAGUGUGGGAGCAGAAAGGACCUGUAUUUUCCUACACUGAGGAGCCAAGCUAGAGGGAAAGCAUGGGGCGAGGUGGGUGCAUCUAGUGAAAAGCAGUGGGAGGGAAGGUGGUCACCCAACCCCCACCUGGAAGGGGCAAAGAAAAGCCAGAGUUCCACGUCUGUACCCCGUGCUGGAUCGGCGGAGGGAUCCUUUCUAGAUGUUCCUCGGGUUGGAGGGCCUGGGCCCCAGCAGGUCCCUUUUUGCUCCCCUCCCAUGGGCCUAGGAUGGGUAUGAGCCAGGGAUCUAAUGAGAGAGGACCACAGGAUCCUUCCCUGGUCCCAAAGUACAAACUUCAUGAGCACCCAGCUAGAUACUAGAGUCCCCUCACCCCCAAGAGCCCAUGCUGGGAGCAGGCCCCACUGCACCAGACAUGGGGAUGUAGACAGAGUGGGGUCCUCUUUGCCACUCCCUUUAUUCCUAUUCAGACUGUUGCACACACGGACUCCAAACCUAGGGAGGCUGAGGAGUGAGCUCCUUAGGUCUUAGCUCCAACCCUGCCCCACCCACAGGGUCCCAGCGUGGUUACUACAGGUGACCUUCCCUCUCUGGGGUCUAGAGCACCCCGAGCAGGAAAGAAAGGAAGAAGCUAAUUAGAGCCUUUUCCUUUGCACUGACUGCCCCCCCCCACCCAGUUCAGUCCAGGAGGGGACUUUGCUAGCCCGUCUCCCUUGAUAUCCUGGCGUGUUGGGCUCGUGAAUGCCUCCUAGCCACAUCGCUAGACCCCAGCCUCCUUCCUGUGCCCAGAUGCUCUCCCCACCCUGACCGUGCUAACUGUGUGUACAUAUAGAUCUACAUAUAUGUAUAUUAAACCCGCACUGCCAUGUCUGCCCUUUCCUGUGGUGUCUAGCAUUAACUUAUUGUCUAGGCCAGGGUGGGGGUGGGAGGGGAACGCCACGGCCAAGGGAGUGCCAGUCAAGUUGCUACACAGUCAAAAUGAAAAUUAAACUUUAAAUUCACACGCCAUCUCAAGAGACUAGAGAAAGUUGAAGUUCAGAGCUUGUACGAUGUGGGAGCAAAACGUAAGUGGGAGGAGAGGACUGGCUGUUGGAAGAGGGAAGAAGCCAGACUGGCCGGAGAGCAGCUUGUCCUCCCCGCCCGGCCCGGCCCCGCCGGCCCCUCUGGCCACUGCUGCGGACACCUGCCUUAACACGUCCACCUGGAGUACUCCACAGUUCUGCCUUAAAGGACCUCCCCCCGUUCACCCAGCCCUGUCUGGCUUCUCCCUCAAGGACAGAGAGAUACUUGUCGAAUUGGGAGAGGGGGAACUGAGCAUGAACUGUCCUUCCAGUCAGGAUUUAUGUGAUGUGAGAGAGUGUGUGAGAGAGAAAGGGAAGAAAUAGGAGCCUUCUCUGAAGAGAGAGGGUGAGUUGGGAGGAGGGAGACAGGGUCAUUCUCAGCAGAGUCUAGUAGUAUCUCUGUAAGGCAAAAUCAUCUAAAAAGACUAACCGCCCUCCCACCCCCGUACGGCUGUGAGAUUGUCCCUAUCGUAAUGCUCCUCUGUCUGCAGUGUGCACGGCCUUGUUCUAACCCUGGAAUAAAGGUGACUGACUGUAAUGUAUCUGAUUCUAGAAUUUCUGUGAAGG